UCUCCCAGAAACAGUUAGCUUAGCUUAGCUCAGCUCGGCUGUGCAUUUGUCCUGCUGUUUAAUUACACUAUAAUAAACUCUUAGUACAAUGACAGAUUGGCCACUUCAUUAUCAGCUACAUAACAACUAAUUGCAUAAGCGGGUAAACAGACAAGGCCAUCCAGAUGGUGAUCAUGUCAGGCACAGCCACUGUGCUGCAGCAGUUUGUGGGUGGACUGAAGAGUCGUAAUGAAGACACCAGAGCCAAAUCUGCCAAAGACCUUCAACAUUAUGUGACCACGGAGCUCAGAGAGUUGAGCCAAGAUGAAGCCACUACCUUCUAUGAUGAGUUGAAUCAUCACAUCUUUGAGCUGGUCUCCAGCUCUGAUGUCAAUGAGAAGAAAGGAGGGAUUCUUGCCAUUGUGAGCUUAAUCGGAGUUGAGGGAGGCAAUGCCACCAGGAUCAGCCGCUUUGCCAACUACCUGCGAAACCUGCUGCCCUCUAGUGACCCUGUGGUGAUGGAGAUGGCCUCUAAAGCCAUGGGGCACUUGUCUAUGGCGGGGGACACCUUCACUGCAGAGUAUGUGGAGUUUGAAGUGAAGAGGGCUCUGGAGUGGCUGGGAGCAGACAGGAAUGAGGGCAGGCGCCAUGCUGCUGUGUUGGUGUUGAGAGAACUGGCUGUGAGCGCUCCCACCUUCUUUUUUCAACAAGUGCAGCCAUUCUUUGACAACAUCUUCUAUGCAGUGUGGGACCAGAAACAGGCCAUCCGAGAGGGGGCUGUGUCUGCACUCAGAGCCUGUCUCAUCCUCACCACUCAGAGGGAGACCAAGGAGAUGCAGAAACCACAGUGGUAUAAACAAACAUUUGAAGAGGCGGAGAAGGGUUUUGAUGAAACAUUGGCCAAAGAGAAAGGAAUGAACCGUGAUGAUAGGGUCCAUGGCGCGCUUCUAAUUCUGAAUGAGCUUGUCCGAAUCAGCAGCAUGGAGGGAGAGCGCAUGAGGGAGGAGAUGGAAGAAAUCACUCAACAGCAACUUGUCCAUGAUAAGUACUGCAAAGAGCUCAUGGGCUUUGGGACGAAGCCUCGCCACAUCACACCGUUCACCAGUUUCCAGUCUGUGCAGCCGCAGCAGUCUAAUGCCCUGCUGGGUCUGCUGGGGUACAGCACUCCUCAGGGCUUUCUGAGCUUCGGAGCCACACCAGCACCGGCCAAGAGCUCCCUGGUGGAGAGCCGAUACUGCAGAGAGCUCAUGGAGGAAAGGUUUGACCAGGUAUGUCGAUGGGUGCUAAAAUACAGAACAAGUAAAAACCCUCUGAUCCAGAUGACAAUCCUCAACCUGCUCCCACGCCUUGCUGCCUUUCAGCCGCACACUUUCACAGACCAGUACCUGUCAGACACUAUGGGCUACCUACUGGGUUGUCUUAAGAAGGAGAAGGAGAGGACUGCUGCGUUUCAGGCCCUGGGACUUCUGGUAGUGGCUGUGAGGGCAGAUAUCCAGCCUUACCUGUCCAAAAUCCUAGAGAUCAUCAAGGCGGCACUGCCUCCUAAAGACUUUGCUCACAAGAGGCAGAAAACUAUGCAGGUAGAUGCCACAGUUUUCACUUGCAUUAGCAUGCUGUCCAGAGCCAUGGGACCCAGUAUACAACCAGAGAUCAAGGAGCUGCUUGAGCCAAUGCUAGCUGUAGGCCUGAGCCCUGCCCUGACUGCAGUGCUGUACGACCUCAGCCGUCAGAUCCCUCAGCUGAAGAAGGACAUUCAGGAUGGUCUGCUGAAGAUGUUGUCACUGGUCCUGAUGCACAAACCUCUGCGUCAUCCUGGCAUGCCCAAAGGCCUAGUAUCUCAGCUGUCUUCCCCAAGUCUCACCAACAUACCUGAGGCCAGUGAUGUGGGCAGCAUAACUCUAGCCCUACGUACUCUUGGUAGCUUUGAAUUUGAGGGACACUCCUUGACACAGUUUGUCCGACACUGUGCUGACCACUUCCUAAACAGUGAACAUAAGGAGAUCCGGAUGGAAGCUGCACGGACCUGCUCCCGCCUCCUCACCCCGUCCAUCCACCUUAUCAGUGGACAUGUUGUCAGUCAGACAGCUGUCCAGGUGGUGGCGGAUGUGCUCAGUAAACUGCUGGUUGUGGGCAUUACAGACCCAGAUCCUGAUAUCCGUUAUUGUGUCCUGGCUUCCCUCGAUGAGCGUUUCGAUGCGCACCUCGCUCAGGCAGAGAACUUGCAGGCUCUGUUUGUAGCGCUGAAUGAUGAGGUGUUUGAGAUCAGAGAACUGGCUAUUUGCACCAUUGGACGCCUCAGCAGCAUGAACCCUGCUUUUGUCAUGCCCUUUCUACGCAAGAUGCUCAUACAGAUUUUGACAGAGUUGGAGCACAGUGGUGUUGGUAGAAACAAAGAGCAGAGUGCGAGGAUGCUUGGUCACCUGGUGUCAAAUGCUCCACGCCUCAUUCGCCCAUAUAUGGAGCCCAUCUUAAAGGCUCUUAUUUUGAAACUGAAAGACCCAGAUCCCAAUCCUGCUGUGGUCAUAAGUGUCCUUGCCACAAUUGGCGAAUUGGCUCAGGUGAGCGGUCUUGAAAUGCGGAAGUGGAUGGAUGAGCUGUUUCCCAUUAUCAUGGAUAUGCUCCAGGAUUCCUCUUCACUGGCCAAGAGACAGGUGGCACUGUGGACCCUGGGCCAGCAAGUUGCCAGCACAGGCUAUGUGGUGGAGCCCUACCGCAAGUACCCUUCACUUCUGGAGGUUCUCCUUAACUUCCUUAAAACUGAACAGAACCAGGGUAUCCGCAGAGAGGCCAUCCGUGUGUUGGGCCUCCUCGGUGCUCUGGACCCCUACAAACAUAAGGUCAAUAUUGGCAUGAUUGACCAGUCCCGAGAUGCUUCUGCCGUUAGUCUUUCCGAGUCUAAGUCCAGUCAGGAUUCUGCGGACUACAGCACCAGUGAGAUGCUUGUGAACAUGGGAAACCUCCCCCUGGAUGAGUUCUACCCAGCUGUGGCCAUUGUCACUCUGAUGCGUAUCCUGCGGGACCCCUCCCUGUCCAACCAUCAUACUAUGGUGGUUCAGGCUGUCACCUUCAUCUUCAAGUCUCUGGGGCUUAAGUGUGUGCAGUUCCUUCCCCAGGUCAUGCCUACUUUCCUCAACGUAAUCCGAGUGUGUGAUGCUAGCAUCAGAGAGUUCCUGUUCCAGCAGAUGGGCAUGGUGGUGUGCUUUGUAAAAAUUCACAUCCGGCCUUACAUGGAUGACAUCUUUACACUAAUCAGAGAAUACUGGACACCCAACAACCCCAUGCAGAACACCAUCAUCCUUCUCAUAGAGCAGAUUGUGGUGGCUCUUGGAGGAGAGUUCAAACUAUACCUGCCUCAGCUCAUCCCACACAUGCUGAGGGUCUUUAUGCAUGACAACAGCACUGGUCGCAGUGUUACUAUCAAGCUGCUUAAUGCCAUUCAACUGUUUGGGGCCAAUCUGGACGACUACCUUCACCUGCUCCUUCCUCCUAUUGUCAAGCUGUUUGAUGCCCCUGACGUGCCCCUGCAAGCCCGAAAAGUUGCCUUGGAGACACUGGAUCGUCUAACGGAGUCCCUGGACUUCACUGACUAUGCUUCACGUAUUAUCCACCCAAUUGUCAGGACACUGGAUACCACCCCUGAGCUCAGAUCCACUUCCAUGGACACUCUGUCCAGUCUGGUGUUCCAGCUGGGAAAGAAGUAUCAGAUCUUUAUCCCCAUGGUCAACAAAGUCAUGCUCAAGCACAGAAUCAACCACCAGCGCUACGACAUACUGAUAUGUCGCAUCGUAAAGGGCUACACUCUAGCAGAAGAGGAAGAGGACCCUCUAAUCUUCCAGCAUCGCCAGCUCCGUAGUAACCAAGGCGACGCUCUGGUCAGUGGGCCUGUGGAGGCGGGGCCGAUGAAGAAGCUUCACGUCAGCACCACAGCUCUGCAGAAGGCUUGGGGCGCUGCCAGAAAGGUGUCUAAGGACGACUGGCUGGAGUGGCUGCGGCGUUUGAGCGUGGUCCUGCUCAAAGAAUCCUCCUCUCCAGCUCUGCGCUCCUGCUGGUCACUGGCACAGACCUACAUACCACUUGCGAGAGAUCUUUUCAAUGCGGCCUUCCUGUCUUGUUGGUCAGAGCUGAGUGAGGACCAGCAGGAUGAGCUGAUCCGUAGCAUAGAGCUAGCGCUAACAUCACAGGACAUCGCUGAAGUCACCCAGACGCUGCUCAACUUGGCCGAGUUCAUGGAGCAUAGUGAUAAGGGCCCUUUGCCUCUGAGAGAUGACAAUGGUAUUGUGCUGCUAGGAGAGAGAGCUGCCAAGUGCCGAGCCUAUGCCAAAGCUCUACACUACAAAGAACUGGAGUUUCAGAAAGGAGCUUCUCCUCUCAUCCUGGAAUCCCUCAUUAGUAUCAACAAUAAACUACAGCAGCCUGAAGCCGCCUCUGGAGUCUUGGAGUAUGCCAUGAAACAUUUUGGAGAGCUGGAGAUCCAAGCCACCUGGUAUGAAAAGUUGCAUGAGUGGGAGGAUGCACUGGUGGCAUAUGACAAGAAGAUCGACAUGAACAAAGAGGACCCCGAGCUGAUCCUGGGCAGAAUGCGCUGCUUGGAGGCUCUGGGAGAAUGGGGCCAGCUCCACCAACAGUGCUGCGAGGAGUGGACUCUGGUCAGUGAGGAAACGCAGGCCAAGAUGGCUCGCAUGGCUGCUGCAGCUGCCUGGGGUCUAGGGCACUGGGACAGCAUGGAGGAGUACACAUGCAUGAUUCCACGGGACACUCAUGAUGGGGCCUUCUACAGAGCAGUUCUUGCUCUCCACCAGGACCUCUUCUCCUUAGCGCAGCAGUGCAUUGACAAAGCCAGAGACUUGCUGGAUGCCGAGUUGACUGCCAUGGCUGGAGAGAGCUACAGUCGGGCCUAUGGUGCCAUGGUGUCUUGCCAGAUGCUGUCGGAGCUGGAGGAGGUAAUUCAGUACAAGCUGGUGCCCGAGAGGAGAGACAUCAUCAGGGAGACGUGGUGGGAGCGGCUACAGGGAUGUCAGAGGAUCGUAGAAGACUGGCAGAGGAUCCUGAUGGUCAGGUCUCUUGUCAUCAGUCCACAUGAAGACAUGAGAACAUGGCUCAAGUAUGCCAGCCUCUGCGGCAAAAGUGGACGUUUGGCCCUGGCUCAUAAGACUCUGGUGCUACUUCUGGGCGUUGACCCCUCAAAGCAGCUGGAUCACCCGCUGCCCACUGCGCACCCCCACGUCACUUACGCCUAUAUGAAGUACAUGUGGAAGAGCACCCGCAAGAUCGAUGCUUUCCAACAUAUGCAACACUUUGUUCAAGGUAUGCAACAGCAGGCACAGCAUGCCAUUGCCGCCGAAGACCAGCAGCAUAAGCAGGAGCUCCACAAACUCAUGGCCAGGUGCUUCCUGAAGCUGGGCGAGUGGCAGCUCAGCCUCCAGGGCAUCAACGAGAGCACCAUACCCAAAGUUCUACAAUACUACAGCCAUUCCACCGAACACGAUCGCAACUGGUACAAGGCCUGGCACGCCUGGGCAGUGAUGAACUUUGAGGCCGUACUGCAUUACAAACAUCAGAACCAGGGUCGAGAUGAAAAGAAGAAGCUGCGACACGCCAGCGGAGCCAGUGCCAACAGUGAAGCCAGCAACAGUGAUAGUGAAGUGGACAGCACUGACCACAGCCCUGUGCCCUCUCCAGGCCAGAAGAAGGUCAAUGAGGACCUCUCAAAGACGCUGCUCCUAUACACUGUUCCUGCAGUUCAAGGCUUCUUCCGCUCCAUUUCUCUGUCCAGAGGCAAUAACCUGCAGGACACACUCAGGGUUUUGACGUUAUGGUUUGACUAUGGUCACUGGGCUGAUGUGAACGAAGCUUUGGUAGAGGGUAUAAAGACUAUUCAAAUUGAUACAUGGCUUCAGGUAAUCCCACAGCUUAUUGCUCGCAUAGAUACCCCCCGCCCACUAGUGGGCCGUCUCAUUCACCAGCUGCUCACAGACAUUGGAAGGAAUCACCCCCAGGCAUUGAUUUAUCCACUCACGGUGGCUUCCAAGUCUACCACCACAGCUCGCCACAAUGCUGCUAACAAGAUCCUGAAGAACAUGUGUGAGCACUGCAACACUCUGGUGCAGCAGGCUAUGAUGGUGAGUGAAGAGCUUAUCCGAGUGGCCAUUUUGUGGCAUGAGAUGUGGCACGAAGGGCUUGAGGAGGCGUCACGGCUUUAUUUUGGAGAGCGUAACGUAAAGGGCAUGUUCGCAGUGCUCGAACCUCUCCACGCCAUGAUGGAGAGGGGUCCCCAGACGCUCAAAGAAACCUCAUUCAAUCAGGCAUACGGCAGGGACUUAAUGGAGGCGCAGGACUGGUGCAGGAAGUACAUGCGCUCUGGAAAUGUCAAAGACCUGACACAGGCCUGGGACCUGUACUACCAUGUUUUCCGACGCAUCUCCAAACAGCUGCCACAGCUCACCUCCCUGGAGCUGCAGUACGUCAGUCCGAAGCUGCUGAUGUGCCGUGACCUGGAGCUUGCCGUACCCGGAACAUAUGACCCCAACCAGCCAAUCAUCCGCAUCCAGUCUAUCGCCCCCUCCCUGCAGGUCAUCACCUCCAAGCAACGCCCACGCAAGCUCACCAUCAUGGGCAGUAACGGCCAUGAGUUCAUGUUCUUGCUGAAGGGCCACGAGGACCUGAGGCAGGACGAGAGGGUCAUGCAGCUUUUCGGACUGGUCAACACUCUCCUGGCCAAUGACCCUGCCUCUCUGCGCAAGAAUCUCAGUAUUCAGCGGUAUGCAGUUAUCCCUCUGUCUACAAACUCGGGUCUGAUUGGCUGGGUGCCACAUUGUGACACCCUCCACGCUCUCAUCAGAGAUUACAGGGAGAAGAAGAAAAUCCUGCUCAACAUCGAACACCGCAUCAUGCUCCGGAUGGCCCCGGACUACGACCACCUGACCCUGAUGGAGAAGGUGGAGGUCUUUGAACACGCUGUGAACAACACGGCUGGGGACGACCUGGCCAAGCUUCUCUGGCUCAAGAGCCCUAGUUCAGAGGUGUGGUUUGACAGGAGGACCAAUUACACGCGCUCCCUCGCCGUCAUGUCCAUGGUCGGCUACAUCCUCGGCCUGGGAGACAGGCAUCCAUCCAAUUUGAUGUUAGACAGAUUAAGUGGGAAGAUCCUACAUAUCGACUUUGGAGACUGCUUUGAGGUGGCAAUGACCAGAGAGAAGUUUCCGGAGAAGAUCCCAUUCAGACUGACCAGGAUGUUGACCAAUGCUAUGGAGGUGACAGGUCUGGAUGGCAACUACCGCAUCACCUGUCACACGGUGAUGGAGGUGCUGAGGGAGCACCGAGACAGUGUCAUGGCUGUGCUCGAGGCCUUUGUCUACGACCCUCUACUCAACUGGAGACUCAUGGACACGAACACCAAAGGCACGAAGCGAUCUCGGACUCGGACUGACUCCUACACGGCUGGACAGUCUGUCGAAGCUUUGGAGGGAAUAGACCUUGGAGAAACCACCCACAAGAAACCAGGCACCACCGUACCCGAAUCCAUCCACUCGUUCAUUGGAGACGGCUUAGUUCAACCUGAAGCUCUCAACAAGAAAGCUAUUCAGAUCAUCAACCGCGUGAGGGACAAACUGACAGGCCGAGACUUCUCCCACGACGAAACGCUGGACGUGCCGACACAAGUGGAGCUGCUGAUCAAACAGGCCACCUCCCACGAGAACCUGUGCCAGUGCUACAUCGGAUGGUGUCCAUUCUGGUGAAGCAUUAGUGAAUGUUUGUCUUUGCAACCCACUCAUCUGAAACUGGCCAAACGGUGAACUUCAAUGGACCUGAACCCUAAUAUUGUUGAGAGCCCUGGUUAAGUUUAAGAAAUGAUCCAAGGAGCUGUUUUAUCUAAUUUAAUUUAAAUUAUAAAUGUUGUCACACCAUUUUGGUAUUCUCUUGUUUUUGCUUCGUGGCCAAACUGUAAUAAGCAAUGCCUUUUAUAUAAGAGCCCACGUUUCUCCAGUCUGCUUUAACAUUGUGAAAUAAUGUGAGACUUUUCAAUAACAUACUCUGUCUUUGACUGCUACACUGUUGAAGGAUGUGGACCUCAUAAUGUAUUGUAUGAGCAUGAAGGUGCCAAUAAAUCUGUACAGAAUAGAUGA